UGAAUCCCACAGUGUCCCUGUGGUUGUGGAACACCCCCCUCUCGUUCCCAGCUCAGGUGGUGCGGUCGGGUUUGGAGCAGGAAGUGGGAAGACUGUGGCCAGGAAAGCUGACGACUUUUUUUUCUUUAUAACUAUUAUCACAUUCUCUAUACGCGUUAUUUUCUUAAAGAAUACUUGCAUUAAGGAAGGCAUCGAAGUACACUGUCAUGUGGAAGGCAGCCGCUGGUCAGUCCGUCUCUGUGUCCGUGGAUGAUGGAGGAGAUGAUUGGGAGACCGACCCGGACUUUGAGAAUGAUGUGUCCGAGAAGGAGCAGCGCUGGGGUGCCAAGACUGUGGCCGGCUCCGGACAUCAGGAGCACAUCAAUAUUCAUAAGCUGCGUGAGCGAGUGUCGUCUGAACACACUGAGCUGAAGCAGAAGGAGCUGGAGCACAUGCCCAAGGCGUCUCAUGGAUACGGAGGAAAGUUUGGACUGCAGCAGGACCGCAUGGACAAGUCGGCCGUGGGACACGAGUAUCAGAGCAAGCUGUCCAAACACUGCUCCCAGACGGACACCUCCAAGGGCUUCGGAGGUAAAUUCGGCGUGGAAGCGGACCGUGUUGACCAGUCUGCCAUGGGCUUCGAGUACGCUGGGAAAACAGAAAAACACGCCUCGCAGAAAGACUACGCCGCGGGGUUCGGCGGGCGCUACGGGGUGCAGGCGGAUCGUGUGGACCGCAGCGCCGUCGGCUUCGAUUAUCAGGGCAAAACAGAGAAGCACGAGUCACAGAAAGAUUACGCCAAAGGCUUCGGUGGUAAAUUUGGAGUGGAGACGGAUAAAGUGGACAAGAGCGCUGUGGGCUUCGAGUACCAGGGAAAGACUGAGAAACACGAGUCUCAGAAAGACUAUGUCAAGGGCUUCGGAGGGAAGUUUGGCGUUCAGACGGACCGUCAGGAUGAGUCUGCGGUGGGAUGGGAUCAUCAGGAGAAACUGCAGCUGCACGAGUCACAGAAAGGUCUGUUUGUGCAGAGAGACGAAUCUGGAGCACUUUGGCUCUCAGGACAAAAUCCCCGUCGUCCUGUAACUCUUCAUUUCCUCUCUGGUGUUCUAGAUUAUGCUAAAGGAUUCGGAGGGAAGUAUGGGGUGCAGAAGGACCGAAUGGACAAGAGCGCUGGCUCGUUCGAGGAGGUGCAGAAGCCCAGCGCGGCGUAUCAGAAGACUCGUCCUGUGGAAGCAGCUGGCAGCGGCGCCGGAAGCAUUAAAGCUCGCUUCGAGAACAUGGCGAGGCAGAACGAGGAGGAGGACAGGAGGAGAGCAGAAGAAGAGCGCGCUCGCAGACAGACCAAAGACAAGCAGGAGCAGGAGGAGGCACGCAGACACCAGGAUCUGCUCGUGGAGCCCGUCAGUGAGGCGCAGGAGAACGCUGCAAACGUGUACGAGGUGGAGCCGGUCUCCACAGAACACACACAUGAAGAAGCGCUCCAGGAAGACCUGUACCAGAACCCUGAGCCGGACGAGCAGGACCAGACCACAGGGGUGUAUGAGUACGGGGGGGAUCUUGGCAUGACGGCCGUGGCUCUGUAUGACUAUCAGGCUGCGGGUGACGACGAGAUCUCCUUCGAUCCGGACGACAUCAUCACAAACAUCGAGAUGAUCGACGAGGGCUGGUGGAGGGGUGUGUGCCGCGGCGCAUACGGACUCUUCCCGGCCAACUACGUCGAAGUCCGACCAUAGACUCGCUCCAUGCGCUCUCUCCUCGUCAGACGUCAGGCCUCGAGUUCAUGCUUUCAUCAUUCUCUUCUUUCACUGUAACAUCUCCAGCCUUCUCCAGUCAUUCUGCUUCCUUCAGCUCAACUCUCACUUCCUGUUUCACAUCAGUAGGUGCGUGCGCUUUACUGGAUCCAACUGCCAUUAGAGAUUUAAUGACACUUCUGAGAACAUUUAACUACUCUCUCACACACACACACACACACAUACAUCCGUGUGUGAAAUAAGAGACCAAAGAUCUGGGAUCCUCUGGUGAGUUUUAGAGAAAUGAUGUCAUUUGUCAUGAACACAGGUGGCUUCGACUCCUAAAGCUGCGUCCGUACGAACACUUUUACUUCAUUUCCGUGUCUUAAGUUUGAAAAUAUGAAUUAAUGAAGGCCAAAAUAUAAUGCCAUAAUAGAUCACUGCUAUCACGUCUGUGUACAGGAUGAACGGACUCCCCAUCGCAGUGUUUGAAACCAUUUAUAAAAAUCCCUUUGGUGGUAUUUGAAGGGUUGUGUAUUAAAAUCAGAUGUUGAUGUGUUAUGUGAAGUGAACUCUGUCUGACUUCUC